AUGGGGCACACAGCAGCGUCCGCGGGCGCGCUGGAAGCCCUGACAUAUCGCGUCUCGUCUGCACCCGUGGAUGAGCUACCAAAGAUUGCGCCGCAGAUCGCAGGAGCAAUAUGGAACUGCAGACAGCUCCUGUCCGCACCUGCAGAAACUAAGCGGACCGCGGAAGACACGAACGCCAUCAAACAAUUCAAUACGCAGCUUACAACACUUCUUCAAGACCGCACGGUGGAGGGAAGAUGGUCGGCUGUCGUCCUGGCCAAGGCUACCAUCGAAGCCGCUGGUCUCGAAGUCCUGAGCAAAUGCAACCCCUGGGUCCGAAGUCUGCUGGGCAUGCUCAAGAAGCCCGACCCUCCGACGACCCGCAGCCUGAUUGUCCUGACCCUGACAAGCAUCUUCACCCUGACAUGGGACUACUCAAACAUUGUGCGCGAGAUCACAACUCCAGCUCUGACAGCAUUUGUACCUACAUGUCUUGCCAACAUCGAGAACAGACGGUGCUCUGCUACCGAGCUGCAGACAGUACUGGAAGCAUUCAUCACUCUGCUACCAAGACACCCAACCAUCUUCCGGACGAACGAGGCCAAGAUUCGCUCCUUCCUGGCCAACAUCUUGUCCUCGGGAUCGACAAAUGUCGCCUUUCACCACACACAGUCACAUCAAACCUCCGCCCGCCGUCUUCUGGUAGCACUGCACCAUUGCGCUCCUAAGCAAGGCGCUGCAGAGAAGUGGGAAGAGACUCUUCGAACAGCCGUCACUGCAGUUCACACUACUUGCGAUCGCGUCCUGCGAACGUUCCAAGAAGACUGGCAAUCCGUGGCUGGGAUCGAGCCGUCGGUUCCUGCUCAUCUUACGUUGAAAGGGGCCAAUGCAGAACUGCAGUCGCUGGAUGUUGAUGCUGCAGGUCUAAAGCCAUGGAAAGGCGUUUAUGCUGGAUGCGACAGGAUCAUUACAUUGUUGCACACGAUCGGUUCUCACAUCCGAGAGGGCACAGCAGGAUCUGUCGCGACGCCAGUCGGCCUAGUCAUCGACCUGUUGACUCGACUGUUCUCGGUUACCGUGCCUCGACCUGGCAAGCAAGACUUUGUCAAGCUCAACAACGAGAUUGCGAAAGAAGAACGCGAUGCACUAUUUGCGGCACUUCCAGAUGUGCACGCCGCGGCUGUGAAGCUCUGCAUUACGCUGCUUGAUCGGUUUGGCAAGCAAGCCCUACCACUGACCCAGAACAUUGUUGAUCAAGCGCUGUGGCUGUUCAAAGCUGAGCAUCAAUACGAUAGCUUGAGAUUCCCACUACACCAGCUCUUCAACACAGCAUUACAGUUACUUGGUCCUGCGAUGUCGAAAGAAGAUACUUCAGAGCUUAUGCCGGUCCUCAAGGCCUGCUGCAAAGAACUCAUGCCUGAUAACGGCAGCUCAUCUUCAAGCGCGACUACCAGCGCAGCUAGUGGAAUCAAGCAGCAACUUGGUCUGACCGACUCAGGCUCAUCACAUUCGCACCCUACCAAUCUCGCACCACUGAAACAAGCUGCCGAAAGCUUACUCGAGACAUCCCUUAUCAAGCUGGAUGCUGCUUGCAUGCCUCCCCAAGUUCGCGCACAGAUCGAUCGUACAGCUGUUCUCAUCCGAAGUCAGAAAAUGCUAGUGGCAAGUGUGAUGAAUCCAGUCGUGGGAACGAAGACCGCUCGCGGGCAGGCCAGCUUGAUGCCGAUCUUGGCGCGGGAGUUCUCACACGUCUCUGAGGUUGAGGCUUUGCUUCGGCCAAGGAUGCCUUUCAUCCAUUCUGGGCGCAAGAAGUCUCGUAUGGGAGAUGAAGAUGAGGAGGAGCUUGCGAACAGCGAGCAUGACGAUGGCGACAGUGAGGACGAGGACGAGGACGAGGACGGCCAGGGAGACGACGAAGGGGACGACCAGAAAGAAGCAAAUCACGUUGAAUUUGGCGCGCAAGCGACAACUGGGUCGGUACCGGACUCAGCAUCGAAAGGCAAGCGAGCUGCAACAGAUGACACCGAUUUGGCAACCUCUGCAAAGCGAGCUCGAGCAUCUCCUGCAGCUGACGUCUUGCCAUCACAUGAUGCACGCUCUGAACAAGCACAGCUUCCCGAGAUACCAAUACUUGAAGCACCCGCAUCGCACGACAUUGCGAUGGAGGAAACAACAAUGACUGUUGUGCUGCCUACGGAAGACUCAAACACCAUCACCGUGGCUGGUUCGAGUAGGCACGCAAUUUCUGACGACAAUGCUAUGGACGACAGUGAUGGUAGUGAUUUUGAGAUGCCUGAGUUGAACCCGGACCCUGAUACGGAUCCCGAAGACGAGUGA